CGCCCUCCGUGGCGCUAAAUGGAGCGCGUCGUGCGUAAAGUCCGACACUCUUGCAGCUUUGGGGGGGUUUUGCGCUCGCAUUUCGGCGAAUUCGGAGUGAUUUAAAUGCAGCCAUGACGCGGGAAGAAGACCUGAUCCGGAUCGCCAAGAAGCUGGACAAGAUGGUGUCUAGAAAUAACACGGAAGGUGCUAUGGACCUGCUGAAGGAGCUCAAAGAUUUCAAUAUGACACUUAAACUCCUACAGGAGACAAGAAUCGGCAUGUCUGUGAACAGCAUCAGGAAGCACUGCACGGACGAGGAGGUCAUUGCUUUGGCAAAAGUCCUGAUUAAGGAAUGGAAAAGACUGUUAGACGCUGGCCGUCCUCACACUGACAAAGCAGCGGAAGUGAAGAACGGGUUGGCCUCCGGCAAAGCAGCCGCGUCUCCAAGCAGCUCACCCAGUCACAGGAGAUCGGAUGCAGACUCCGACACAAAUUGCUCCAUUAAAGAGGGGAAAGAAAAACACAAGGAGGAAAAACACAAAAAGGGGCAUGAAGGCGACCUGCAUGAGCUUCGAAACGAGGCACACACAAAGCAAAUAGUUAAAGACGAAAGCAAAAAGUCAAGAGCAGCAGAUGAAGUCCAACAUGAGAAGAGAAACAAGCAAGUUCAAGACCCUCUGAGGGGCAUCAUGGAAGAAGUGAAAAAACAUGAGGAGCCCAAAAAAAUCAAUGCCAUGAAACCCAAAGAGGAGAGCAAACAAGAGAGGUUAACAAGCACAACGAAUCGACACCUUAGUGACCCCUGCAGGGGGACGUCUGCAAGUAUCCAAAGACCGUUAUUUGAAAGGAGAGGAGUUCUUGACAGCAGCGUUCUCUAUCCCAGCCGCUUCCCCUCACCUCCUCGACCCGCUCGGCCUCCACUCCCCGUCAAGCGACCCCCUGUGGACGUGCAGAAAGAGAGGAAAGACCCUUCGCUUGGACACUCUCACGCUCCAAGGCGUGCCUCCCCCAAGGCUAAGCGGCCUUCAGUGGACUCUAAGAAGAAGAGGAAAAUUCCCAAAGACUCAAAUGUUCCCAAGGAUUCUCCUCCUUUGAACUUUCUUCUUCCACCGCCAAGAAAAGAGCCUCCAGACCCCAAUGCUCCUCUGCCUCCUCUCCCUCUUCAUCUCCACCCACCUCCGUCCCUUCCAAAGCGCCCCUUGCAGCUGGACGGGAAAAAGGGGAGGAAGAACUCCUUGGAUUCUAAACUGCCCUCGCAGAAGACGUCAGACCCUGUGAGGAAAGACAGGAAAGAUAGCCUGGAUAGCAAAAUGGUUAAGAAGCAGUUGGUGGAAGCCAAGAAAGAAAGGAAGAACUCCUGUGACUCCAAAUUGGUCCAACCAGUGAAACAUUCAACUGAUGUUAAACCUGACAGGCAGGAAUUGGAUUCGAAGCAGAGCAGCUCCCCUCCUGCAAAGAAACUAACAGCUGAAAGGAGAGAGUCUCAUGGCUCAAAGGCCCCUCAGCCCGCACCGCCGCAGAGGAAGCCUUCUACUGACCACAGUGAAAGAAAAGGUAAAUGUGAACCCCCUAAAACUCCAACAACGCCCACAAGCCCCAUGUCGCCUGGCUUUACCUCAGCUGGCGGCCCGUUGCCCCCCCACUUGACUACUGGAGACUCCAUACGAGACAAGUGCAUCGACAUGCUGGCUGCUGCCCUGCGCACUGACGAUGACUUCAAAGAUUUUGGAACUAACUGUGACAGCAUGGCAGCAGAAAUUGAAGAUCAUAUCUAUCAAGAAAUAAAGGCCACAGACAUGAAAUAUAAGAACAGAGUGAGGAGUCGCAUCAGCAACUUAAAGGACCCAAAGAACCCUGGUCUCCGCAGGAACGUUUUGGCAGGAAGCAUUGACCUUAACCGCAUUGCCAGUAUGACUUCUGAGGAAAUGGCCAGCGAUGAGCUGAAACAACUGAGGAACGUCCUCACCCAGGAGGCCAUCAGGGAGCACCAGAUGGCCAAAACUGGUGGAACCUCCACCGACCUGCUGCAGUGCGGCAAGUGCAAGAAGAGGAACUGCACCUACAAUCAGGUGCAGACACGCAGCGCUGACGAGCCCAUGACCACAUUUGUGCUCUGUAACGAGUGUGGAAACCGCUGGAAGUUCUGCUGACGUCUUCCAGGUGAAACCAUUUGUCUGCAAAAAAAGUCUACAAAAUUUGCAGCUGGUUGAAUUGUUACAAUUUUCAGUUAAAAUAGUUGUUUUUUAUGCAUGCUAAUAAUUGGUCCAAUGAAAUUGAAGGCUGAGCAUCAAUAUGAAGUGUCGUUAAGUGUUAGCCACCAGUGCUAAAACUAUAAAAAAAUUUAAAAAAUCCAUACAUUUUUUUUAAAAAUGCUAAAUGUUCUAUUUUCUACACCAGCAAAUGAAAAAACUUCCUUGGUGGAAUAAAAAUAUUCAUAAUAGUACAGUUAAGCACAACUCUGUAUAGUGUGGAAUUCCAAUAA